AACAGCAUCCUGGGCUCUAAACGUGGGUGUAGGAGUGAGGAAGACCGAAGGGGAGAGCAGCAGAGUGCCAGGGCUCCUGGGGUCAUUUCUGCUUGGCUGAUGGGUUUAUUUGGGCCAGCGACCAGCUUCACCCGUCACCUUGAGCCUCCCACCACCUCCCGACCCCCUCACUGCCUCCUUGGGGCUGGGAAGGCCGGGAAGCAAGGGCAGCCCGGCAUGGCCGCGGGGCCUCUCCUGCACAGCCGUCCAGCCGAGCGUGAAAUGUGUUGAAAAGAAAAGGGACGGCAUAAUGCUCCUCGGGCUGGGGGUGGAGGCUGUUUGUCCCCCACGGUGGCCACAGUCCCCACCACGGCUGCAGAGCAGGGCUGGCCACACAGCGUGCCAGUCCUGCCGUCCCAUCCCUCUCUGCUUUCAAUACUUUGCAACCAUUUCAGGGCACCUGGCCCCAUCCUGACCUGCGCUGCUGGCCCUGUCAGAGCCCUGUGCGCCUCGGGACUGUGGUCCCCAGUGCUGCCCUCAGAGUAGUGACCCCGGCUGGGUGCAGGAUGAAGACCCUGGCCUGGCUGGCCAUCACCAGCCUGUGUCUGGGGGGAGCCUGGGCUGUCCCAGCCAAGGAGGAAAGGAGGAAGGCAGAGAAGCCAAAAGCUGAUCUUGCACUCUACGAAAACCUGGACCUGGACAACUAUGACCUGACGUUGGACAACUACGGUGAGAUCCUUGACCUGAGUAACUAUGAGGAGCUCUACGACUACGGUGACCUUGCUCCGAAGAUUGAGGUCGGCACCCUGGCUCCUCGCCCCAAGGACCCCGCAGCUCUCCCAAAUCUGGGUGCCACGGCUGAAACCCCGGAGCUGAAACCUCCAACCAUUGCCAGCCCCAUCCACCCAGCACCCAUCCCCGCGCAGGGCUUGCCCAGCUGCCUGCUCUGCCUGUGUAUUGGCAUCUCUGUUUAUUGCGACGAUGCUGACCUGGAGCACAUCCCACCGCUGCCGCCAGACACCACCUACCUCUAUGCCCGCUUCAACCGCAUCGGCACGAUCCGGGCCAGCGAUUUCACAGGGCUGAAGAAGCUGAAGCGAAUAGACCUGACCAGCAAUUUCAUCUCCUGGGCGGACGUGGAUGCCUUCCGCCGGCUGCCCAGCCUGCAGGAGCUCAUCCUGCCCGAGAACAGGCUGACGGCGCUGCCUGACCUGCCCCACAGCAUCGUCCGGCUGGAUGCCCGUCUCAACAGGAUCCCCAGCACUGGCCUCCGGCCUGAAGCUUUCCAGGACCUGAAGCAGCUGCAGUUUCUCCAUCUGUCCGAUAACCAGCUGGACUAUAUCCCGGCACCCCUGCCCGAGAGCCUGCGCUCCCUGCACCUCCAGAACAAUAACAUCCAGACCAUGCACGAGGACACGUUCUGCGACAGCCGAGACCACAGCCAGAUUCGCAGGGCGCUGGAGGACAUCCGCCUUGAUGGCAACCCCAUCAACCUCAGCCUCUUCCCCAACGCCUAUUUCUGCCUGCCUCGCCUGCCCACAGGCCGCUUCUUCUGAGCCCCACGGCCCCAGCGCUGGGAAACGAGGGCGAGUGUUCCUGGACCCACCAUUCCCCUACCCCAGACCCCCUGGGACCCUGCUGCCCCAUGGAAAAUAUGGGAUUAAAGCAGAUGCAUUUAACCCUGGUGUGAGCUGAGCUUCCAUGUAGGGUGAACUCAGCUCUGGGGCAACCAGCGCAGGGGAUGGGCAGC